AUGACAACCUACAGGGAGCAGGAUCGUCAGUCGAUCACCAAUACCCCCGCAUGACACCAAGUAAAUUUGAGACAUGCUGAUCGCGUUCUACCUUGAGGGAAAUCUAUAUAUGGCUAUGCAAUGUAGAUCUUUAUAGUAGUAAGCUGUUGAUACCACUGCACAACAAGUUGAAACGUUUGACAAGUACGCCGGUGCCGCUUGGGCGAGAGGCUCAUUCACAGAAGAAUAUACUUUCCAAAUGAUCAGGCACGGUUUGUUGGCGGUGUUCACUGUGCAUCUGACUCUAUUGUUCCCCAUCUGCCAGUUUGCCUCGCUUCCGCAGACAACCAAUGAUAUAAAAGAACAUUACUUUGGGAAAAGGCAAACGCUUGGAAAGUACCUCAUACAUUCUUAUUAUUCACCCUGUGAACGCUCUGCCAAUGGUCUGCGCAAGUAUCGCUGCCCGACUCUGGACCAGUUUGGCAACAUCCGAUGUAUCGAUGACAACAGUCUCUGCAAUCACGUGCCAGAUUGCCCUGAGGGGGAGGACGAACAACCUAGCCUGUGUCUCUUCUACAAAGUUAUUGACCGCGACCUGAAGGCAUUGUUUGACUUCAUCGUUGAAAGGUUUGAAACACAUCUUCACCGUCGUCAUUGACAACGCUCUUGCUGUUCCAGGAAUGGAUGGAGCUGACCUCUCGCCCUCUUCUGCCUUUAUACAAUAGACCGCCCCACUGGUCUUGCAAGACUUUGUGAAUAUGAGAACUUUGCACAUUGAUCUUUCAGUGAACACCUUACACCAUUCAAAAAUGUAUUUUGUGAAGCAGUUGUUUUUAUUAUUUUAAUAUUCUAAUUUUAUAUUUCGUUGUUUUAUGAAGCCUUCUAAUCACUAUGACAUUUUUAGACCAAUUGUUAAGACAUUGCUCCUCGACCGGUCGUCAUAAUACAGUCAACUCCGGCUAUAACUAAGUUGGAUAUUACGAACAUUUGGAUAUUACGAACAGUCGGAUAUGACGAAUAGUCGGAUAUAACAAAUAGUCGGUUAUGACGAAUGGUCUGUAAGGACGAAAAUAGUCGGAUGUAACGAAAACAAAAGAACACACGGGUCUAAAAAACGGAUAUUGUGAAUAGUCGGGUCUAACGAACACAUUCCGAACUCCCCAUUAAUGGGAAUAAACGUAACCGUUCACAUGGAUAAACAAAUUCGGAUAUAACGAAGUCAUUAGAAAGGUUCUAAUGAGUUCGUUAUAUCAAGGGUUGGCAAUAGUUACAAUCACGCUUGAUGUCGCUCUGACUAUUGGUGUUAUUCACGUUGGAGAUAGCUGUAAACUCAAUCUUCAGUUCAGCAGAAAUAAAAGGUAGCCAUGAAACCUUCAUUCUACGGCUUCAUUCCAUUAACCCUACAACGUUGCUUACGUUAUCGUCCUAUUUUAAGCGUUAUUUAGUCCUAACUGGUAGUAUGUACACUGGUGUCUUGUACAUACAGGACAUUCCGUUGUGACGUUUUAGGGCACGUGUUACUUUAGGCCCUCCAGCCUUUGAGUGUUGUUUGAUGGCUUCCUCUUAACAUCAACUUCACUGAUACAUUUGUUUGAUGAUGGUAGAGGGAUAAUCUGAGUUUAGACUUAUCUUUACAUAUUUAUUGAAUACCAGAUAAUAUAUGCAGUUGCCGUUUUUGCAGUCAUCUGUUUGAUAUGCAUUCAGGGGUGCACGGGUGGCCCAGUAGUCUUAGGCGCUGCAAUUCGCUGUGCACAGUUGCGGUCCUUGUGCACGCCAGACACCUAUGAUUGUGGGUUCGCCCUGAUGUUUCUAGGUUUGUCAGCACCAUACCCGUGCUCGUGUGUUUCAUCAGAUUGGUAAACGUCUGAGACCUGCAUCACUUCAGGCUUUCUUCCCACAUUAAGUACACCGUUAUUAGGGUAAUAUAGUGAAUAGCACUGACAAUCUCACUCACUCCAUUUUACGACAGUCCAGAAAGGGGAAGACUUGUCCUUAAAGGUUGUCAUCAAGCGUUAAUUUCCAGCGCUGCUAAAUCCCCAAACGGUGCUUACAUAUUCCUUAAGUUUUAGCAUCAUUGGGUUUUCUGCCCAUAUGUGUGCAUAAUUAAAAUCCCAUUGUAACGUAUUUCGGUCACGUGUUACGUAAGGUCUUCCAGCCUUGGAUAUGCUCCAUGGCUUCAUUAAAAUCGAAUUCUUCUGCAUAAGGUGGAUUGUAAUUGGAUUAUCGAAGAAGAAAUCUUGCUCGUCAUUCGACAAUGUACAGAUUCGAAUGUAUAUACAUGUUCCAAGAAAGGUAAUGAAAUAAUGGUACCUUCGUUGAUAUUUAAUUAUUUGGCCGCAAGAUAAUUCUAUUAAUUUAAAUUUUCCAACUUUAUUCUGUGUUCGCCAUUGUGUAUUUGUUCAUGUAUAAUACCGGAGAAAUUCUGAAUAAAUAUUAA